CCAGGCGCCAUCUUGUUGUGUCACGUUGUUGUCUUUGAAAGUUUUGUUUCAUUGUCGUACCUGGAGGAGAACUUAAAGCUUUAUCGCAGUGAAUAGCCGUGGCCCAGUGUCAUAUACAGCUGUUUUGGCAAGCCGCGUAGGACGUGAAAUAUGACGAUUUCAAAUACACGUUCAAGUUGAGAAGUAGAAUGCAGCAAUUGUGAAGUUCAUAGGGGAAAUUGUGUUUUAGAAGAAGAUGUCCAUGGAUCUUGAUGCAAAAUUGAAUCAUUCCGAUUUACAAAAUUUGACGAAACAAUGUAUUUCAUGUAAUCGCGAGAUGCCAAUAUCGAGUGAAUCGUGCAUCUGUGGUCACGUCUUGUCCGACAUCAAGUCUUUGGAAGGAAAGAGAUAUUCGGGGUACAGAGAAGAACUCUACAGUCGACUGGAAAUCAAAAGAAUUUUACAAGAUCACGCUAAACCUCGUCGACCGAGGUUAAAACAAGCGAAAACAAUUCCUGCCAAACAGGAUUACGUCACUCGAACUACUUUACAUAAGCCACAGAUGAAACGACGCCACAAACGAAAGUCGCCAAGCAACCAUUUGGUUGCCCCAACGAAACACUACAGCACAUACAAAGGCAACAACGUGCGUUUAUCUGAACAAUCAAAGGUAGAAGAUAAUCCAGAUUUGUGUUAUCUUAAUCCACGGUUCAAUUUUAAAGACGCUCUAGAAGAUAUUAACAAACGAUUAACGAGUCAAACGUCCUUUUGGAUUAGUUUGGUAAAGGAUUUGCGGUGAUACACCAUGUUCGCCAUAACUUCUUCAUCCAUGUUAAUCCCUGAUUCCACAUGCGAAAUUUAUGGCGAGAAAAAUCACAAUAGCUCUCUUCCCAAAUGCGUCAGAUUAUUUUUGGGGAAUCAUGCUUUUGGAUUUUGUGUUUCACGUAUUCCAACUUUUAAAUGAGCAUUUUUGGACUCUAUAAACAUGAAAUUGAAAAUAUAUCAAAUUAUUCAAGUUUUCGUGAUAGUAAAUAGAAAUUCAUAUUAAUACUUGUGUUCUCGCAGACCAAAAUUCAUUGUUUGAACAAACAUCAUUGGUCGUGAAAGUUCGUGUUUUCUACCAAUGAGUGACGGAUCUAGCAUUAAAAUGUUACAGCUACUCAUUGUUAAAAUAAGCAUACCUUCAUAACAAUGCUAUUGGAUUUGAAUUCCUGUAAAGAAUAAAAUUUUAACUAUUGAA